UCGCUGCUGAGAGAGCGAUAGCCGUCCGUGUCAGCACAGCAUUCAGAGCAGUAUACGACGGAACGGGUCGAAGCCAAAAGCGAGUAGUACAGUUUUGACGUCUCUUGUUCGCUUCGCAUACAGAUUUGAACAUGGAAAAUUUGUGAAUUCGGUUCUGUCGAAGGGCGAGUUUUGUUCGGAAUUUUGUGGAAUUUUGUGGCGAUUGUUGGGAAAUUGAAGUUUCAGAAAGUGUUUUGUGCGUGAUUUUGUUAGUGAAUGACUUUGGGAAAGGGUUUAAGAGGAUGAAAUGAAUGGUAAUACGGACGGUGUUCUUGCUCAUCGAUUUUCCUGGAGCUGAAUAAAUUUCUUAUAAUUAUAAUGGUGAAGCGUUGGUUUCUAUCGGAAACUGAGGAAAAAGUACAGGAAGGCGAUUAUUUUGUACCAGCAAGGAUCGAAAAUAGGGAUUGUGGCUACAAAACGGGACAUUAGACAGGUGAAAGUGUGAAAAUUUUCAGUAUUUAAAAGCGAAAAUCCAAUUUUAGUGUCUCGUAUCUCCGAUCUCUCUUCGGUCGUCAAAUGGGAUUUUGUGUGUAUAUGUCUGCGAUGUCUGCGUUCGAAUGGCAGCCGCAGUCGCGUUCGAUGUGCUAGCGGGGUAGAGUCAAAAUUGAAAUACGUGCUACACAAGGUGCAAAGAACCUCUUAUUCUAAAGUGCAAAAUCUCGUGCAGCGGAGCAGCGACCUCUCGGGCCGCAAACGUCAAGUGAAGUUGUACGAUUGAUGAAAUUGGUGUUUGGUUGCGUCUGCGAGUGCAGGGACUUGCUGUUGUGCGACUUGAAAUUCAGUGAAAAGGCUGCCAUUUUCAACGCCAUUACAAUAUGGAUGGAAGCAUCCAUUAAUCAUUCGCCUUUCGGAAGCCGGAAUUUGCGGAAAUUCGGAGCCUCUUUUGCCGCGAGUGAGAUUUGCUCCAGUGCAUUGCCGGAUGCCGGCUGUUGCAAAUCUCUAGCGACACUGUUCACCGCAGUCAAGUGUGUUUAUAGCGAACGAAAAUUGUAGACCUUUUUCUUACGGUUGGCGAGGCGAGCGCGGAAUGUCAUUGAAAUUUGACCUUUCAUUAUUGUGUGGGAAUCGAUUCGAUAAGUUUAAUAGAAACAGCUUGGUCGAUUUUCUUUCGGGACAACUAAUAUUUGUUCAUUAGAGUUAUUUUUGAUGCAAUACUUCAUAAACCUCAUGAAAAAUUUCACACUAAAUGACCAGAUAGCACUGCUAGGUGAACAGCGCUCCUAAUUUGACAGAUAGCCGGAUCGUGAAAAGGGUGCAAUAUCGUCUUCCACUUUGAAUCAGUUUCUCCGAGAGAGCGAGAAAAAACAACACUUCACCGUUAUAAAAUGAUAAACUUCCAGAUAAAACCAGCAAAGUUGUCGCAGUGAAUAUUAAGCAAAACAAAAACUCAACGACAUUCGACUGUGAGUGACACGAAGCGUAAAAAAGUUUCAAAACCACAAACUAACGGAACGGAGGUCGACAGUUUUCAACAAAAGUUUCAAAACUUUGUCUCACAAGAGAAAAACAAGAAAUCCAUCCUUCCAGUGUGUACCGAAUGCAGUGCAUGUGAGCACUAAAGGACGAGUGAUUUUGACAAGUGAAAUUUCUACAGCAAGUUGACAGACAAAGCCAGACACUGCACAGAACACUAAAACCAGAAUCGAUUGCCUUCUCGCGUGACAGAUGUGCAAUUGGAAAUGACGCUAAUCUAAUCGGAUUCCGCCACAAACUUUCGCCGACUUUCAAAAAUCCCGCUUUCAAAGCAUCUAACAGAUACGAGCAUCGAAUGAUCUCCAAAGAAUACGCAUAAAUCGUAUUCUGAAAAUCAAUUCGAAGACAAGUCUUCAACCCCCCCUUCUUUCACAAUGACCUCCGUCAAAGAUACGGCAUCGUUCUUCGCGAACGGCAGCUCGAACCAGUUCGACUUCGUCCUCGCUAUGUACCCGCAGGUCCUCAAACUGAAAGCACAAAACAAAUGCAAAAAGCCGGACGAACUCAUCCGGUUAGACGACUGGUACCAGAACAAACUGCCACAGUUGAUCAAAAAACGUGGCAAAGAGCGCUUCAUAGUGCACGAGGAGCUAGUCCAGACGAUGAAGUGGAAGCAAACGCGCGGAAAAUUUUUCCCACAGCUGUCCUACCUGAUCAAAGUCAACACUCCUCGGGCAGUGCAGAACGAAACCAAGAAAGCGUUCAGAAAACUGCCCAACCUAGAGCAAGCCAUCACGGCUCUCUCAAACCUGAAAGGCGUCGGGACCACAAUGGCGUCGGCCCUGCUGGCAGCGGCCGCCCCCGAAACGGCCCCAUUCAUGGCCGACGAGUGCCUAAUGGCCAUUCCGGAAAUCGAAGGCAUUGACUACACCACCCGCGAGUACAUGAACUUCGUGCAGCACAUCCAGGCCACGACGGAUCGACUGAACGAGGAAGUGCACGGCCCGGUCAGUAGUUCCAAGGAUGGCGAAGGCAGCAACGACGAGGAUAGUGGCGACGCGCCCAAAGUCCAGAAGAAGUGGUCCCCGCACAACGUCGAGCUCGCCCUCUGGACACACUACGUCGCACGGGAAUUGCAACCGGAGCUACUAGACGACAUGCCUGCCGCUACGGAGGGAAGUAAAAACAGCUACUCCCGGAGUCCCUCGACUGCCACCGCACCGAAGACCGCAACUCCCACGAACGGAGCCUCCUUACCGGCGUCCGACAACAACACUACCAUAGAGGAACCGUCCGACGAGAGCAACCUGGACACCGAGCUCGGAAAAGCCACCUCGGACGAAUCCUCCAAAGACAACAACAAAUUCACGGACAGUUUGGACGAGUGCACCAAGUCCGAGGACAGUCUGGAGAAGCCCAGCACCACGACGACCAGCAUUCGGAACAACAACAGCGACGAGGUGAACGAUAGCGACUCGCAGAGUAGUGCCAAGCGGUCAUCGACAGGGGACGACGAGGAGGAGGAUGAGGAAGACGAUGAGGAGGACGAGGACGAAGACGGGGAAAGCUCGGGCGGCGAUGGAGCGUCCAACGCGAAGAAGCCGAAGCUCGAGUAGAACCGAGAGGAAAACUUUUCUAAUUACAAUUAGAGGUGGAGCAGACGAAUGGGAAAAAUGACGAUGAGACUAAGACGGGGAUGGGGACGGGAACGCCGACGAAGAAGUCGAGAGAGCAUGCCUAGAGAAAACAGAAUCACAAAUCAAAAUCAGUUAACAUAAUUAGCGUCGUCGCGGUCAGUGUGCUCCUUCCGGUUGGCGGUGCCGGUCUGAAUACACACACAUUCGCACACCGAAGGUAAGUCUACGGAAGUUUGUGAGAUGCCGGAAAUUCCGACAGAAGGUGGGGCGUUGCUACCGGAGGGAAAAAAACUAUGUACAAAUUAUGUUUAACUGAUUGUAAGUGGAAAAUCACGUAUUAUUCUUGGGAGGAGGAUGAGGCAGAUGGGUGGGAUGCGAUGCUGGUGAGACAGGCAGAAGUUGUGGCUAAUUGGCAGGAGAGCAGGGGCUGGCUGAUUGAAAGGGAGAAAGACGUGGGUGGGACAAAAAGUUUAAUUGAGAUGAAUUGCUAUAGAUGCGAAGGAUGAGUGCCCAGGUAGGCAAAGAAAAUGAGGUUUGCUUCAUUAGUGAUAGAAGGAGAAAAGAGGCUUUGAUAAAUCAAGACUGGAUUCGUUCCACAAUGCUGGAAUGGAGUAUCCAAUAUAAAAACAAUAACUUCAAUCUGAUUGACUUUUAAAACACUUUUCUACGUUUUUUAGAUUCGGAUCUGUAUCAUCUUUUCUAUAUGAAGAAUUGGAAUAAUUGGGUAUAGCAUUGGUUCUUGGCAAAAUGCUUGAUGGACCUUUCUUUCUUCGACAAGGUUCAAAUAGUCUUUCCAACAUUUUUAAGAUAAAUGAAUUCUAAAAGGUUCUCAAAUCCACGAGAGAACUAAAUAAAAUGUAAAAUAUCCUAUCAUAUAUAACCCUUUUAAGGCCCCAUAUAACCGUUGUGGUAAGGGGCUGUCCAAUGGACUCCAUAAACCACGUGGUCAUUGGGGGGGUUCGGCCAAUGACCACUUUGUAUGGACAAAUAAAACAUUUUGUAUGGACUAAUGACCACGCGGUUUAUGGACAGCCAAAAAUUUUAGGCAACUUCUUUAAGAAAUUUCUGGACAAAUUAUUACAAAAAAUUGGAAGGAGAUCCUUGAUGAAAUUCCUGUAGAAAGCCUAGGAUAAUUCCUAAAACAAUCGUUGAAGGAAACCCAUGAGGGAUUCCCGGGGAACUUCUGAAGGAGUCCCUUGACAAAUUUUCCAAUAAUCCCUGAAGGGCUUUUUAAAAGAACACCCUUAAAACAUUCCUGGAAAAAUUUUUAGAAUAAACUCUGGUGGAGUUCUUGAAAAAAAAAAAUGGAUAACUUCUUGAAGGAUUUCUUGGAGAAAUAAAAAUAAUCCCAGGAUACAUUCCUGAGAGUAUUUCAGGGCGGAAUUCUGAAGGAAUUUCUUUGCAGGACCUGCUGGGGGCAUCCUUGAAAGAUUUCCUGGAGAUGAUUGUGAAAGACUUCAUUGUUGACUUCUUGGAAAACUUUCGGGCUCCUGUAUGCUUCCCUCUCAAGUUAUCUUAAAGAAUUCCAAUAGAAAUCGCUGGAGGAAUUCCUAGAAAUCUUCAAGUAAUCCUCUUGAGUGCAUCCCAGGGAAAGGAAGGAUUCCAGACAUUCUUCCAGGAAUUCCUCCAAGGAUUCCUCUAGAGUUUCUUCCGGGCAUUCCUGCAGGAAUUUAUAAUGGAGUUCUGUAAGGAAUCCUUGGAGUCAUUUCAGAAGAAAUCUCUUGAAUAGUUUCUGGAGUAAUUUCUAGAAAAAAUGUCAGGAGGAAUCCUUGGAGGAGUCCCUGAAGAUAUUCCUGGAGGAACUUCUGAAUGAAUUCCUAACGAAAUUCCCUGAGGAAUUUUAGGAGGAGACCGUGAGGAAUCCCUCGAGGAUUUUUUAUUGGUUUACCUGGAUGCUUUUCUGUGGGACCUCUUGGCGAAAUUCCUGGAUGACUUCCUGGAGCAACCCCUGGAAGAAUUCCCGAAGAAAUCUCUGGUGGAAUUCUGGAAAGAAUCUCUAGAGAAAUUCCUGCAGGAAUUCUUUGAGGAUUUCCUGGAGGGAUUCCUGGAGGAAUCUCUGAAGCAAUUAUUGGAGGAAUCCCUGUUAUAAACCUUCAGGGAAUCUGUGGAGGCAAUUCAUGAAGAAAUCCCUGGAGGAAUCCCUAAAGUAAUUUUUGGAGGAAUCUCAGGAAGAGUCCUUGGAGAAAUCCAUUCAAAACUCCUCACUAAAUGACCGGAGGAAUUCCUUAGGAAAUUUCUGGUGGAAUUCCUGGACGAAUCCCUUAAGCAAUUCUUGGAAGAAUCUCUGGAGAAAUUCCUGGAGAAAUCUUUAGAGCAAUUCUAGGAGGAAUCCCUGGAAAAAUUCUUAGAGGAAUUUCUGGAGGAAUUUCCGGAGCAAUUCCUGGAUAAAUUCUCGGAGGAAUUCCCAAGGAAUCCUUACGGGAAUUCGUGGAGUAAUACGUGGAGAAAUCCCUGGAAGAAUUCUUGGUGGAAACUCUGAAACGAUUCCUGGAAGAAUCUCUGGAGGAAUUCCUGAAGAAAUGACCGGAGGAAUACCUAGUGGAAUCUCAUAUGAAUUCCAGGUGAAAACUAUGCCGGAAUCCACGAAGGUAUUCCUGGAGUAUUUCCUGGAGAAAUUCCUAGAAGAAUUUUCGAAGGAAUCCGUGGAGGAAUUGCUGUGGGAAUUUCUGAAGGAAUUGCUGUACGACUUUCUGGGCGAAUUCCUGGAGGAAUCCUCGGAAAAAUUCUAGGAUGAAAUCCUGCAGGAAUGCCUGGAGAAAUGCCUAAAGGAAUUCCUGGAGAUGUUCCAGGGGAAUCUCUAGAGAAAUUCCAUGAGGGAUCUCUUUAGAAAUCCCUGGAGGAACUCCUGAAGGAAUGCCUUGAGAGAUAUCUGGAAGACUACCUGUAGAAGUUCCUGUACAAAUUCCAGUAGGUGUUCCUGUAUAUAUUCCCAGAGAAAUUCCUGCAGGAAUUCCUGGAAGAAUCUCUUACGAAGAUCUGGAAGGAAUGUCCGGAAGUAUUCCUGGAAGAAUUCCUGGAUUAAUUCCGGGAGGAAUUCCUGGAGGAAUUUCUGAAGGAAUUCCUGCUGAAUUUCUGGGAAAAUAUCCUGAAGGAAUUCUCGUAGAAAUUUCUGUAGGAUUUUCUGGAGGAAUUCUUGGAAGAAUUUCUUGAUCAAUUCCUGGAGGGAUUUGUGAAAGAAUUUCCCUAGAGAAAUAUCUGAAGGAAUUUCCGAAGAAAUUCCUGGAGAAAUUCUCGGAGGAAUUCCCAAAAGAAACCUUAAGGGAAUUCAGAAAAGUUUCUGAAGGAAUCCCUGAAUGACUCCUGGAGGAAUUGCUGUAGGAAUUUCUGAAGGAGUUGUUGUACAAGUUUCUGAGCGAAUUCCUGGAGGAGUCCCUGAAAAAAUUCUAGGAUGAAAUCCUGCAAAAAUUCCUUGAGAAAUGACUAAAGGAAUUCCUGGAUAAAUCCCAGAGGGAAUCCCUAGAGAAAUUCCAUGAGGAAUUCCUUUAGGAAUCCCUGGAGGAACUCCUGAAAGAAUGCUAUGAAGAAUAUCUGAAGAAUGCCUAGAGAAAUUCCUGUGCGAAUUCCAGUAGGUAUUCCUGUAUUUAUUCCUGGAGGAAUUCCCAGAGAAAUUCCUGGAUGAAUUCCCAGAUAAAUUCUUGGAGGAAUUCCCAGAACAAUUCCUGAAGAAAUUCCUGGAGGAAUCUCUUGCGAAGAUCUAGGAGGAAUGUCUAGAAGUAUUCCUGGAAGAAUUCCUGGGGGAAUUUUUGAAAGAAUUUCUGGUGAAUUUCUUGGAGGAUUUCCUGAAGAAAUUCUUGAAGAAAUUUCUGGAGGAAUUCUUGGAAGUAUCCGUUAAUCAACUCCUGGAGGGAUUUCUGAUAAAAAUCUUGGGAGAGUCACUGGAAGAGUAUCUGGAGCAAUUCCUAUUGGAAUGCCCGGAGAUAUGCCUGUAGCAAUUCCUGGAGAAAUCACUAGUGGGAUUCCUGGAGGAAUCCCUUGAGAAAUCCCUGGAGGAAUUCCUUGAAGAAUCACAACAAUUCCAUGAGGAAUCCCAGGACGAAUUGCUGAGAAUAUGUCAAGAGCAGUUUCUGAAGAAAUCCCAGGAGGAAGUACUGAAUAAAUCACAAAUGCAAUCUUGGAGAUAUCCUGAAGAAAUCCUAUUAAGUGUUCGUGGAGGAACUUCUGUAGAAAUUCCCGUAGCAGUUCCUGAACGAUUCCGUGGAGGAAUUCUUGAAGAAACCCCAGAAGGAAUCCCGGAAGCAAUCCCAAAAGGAAUUUCUUAGGAAAUUUCUGGAAAAAAUCCUGUAGAAAUCUAUAGAGGAAUUAUGGGAGGAAUCCCUAGGACAAUUCUAGGAGGAAUCCCUAGAGGAAUUUCGGGAACAAUUCCUGGAUAAAUUCUCAGAGGAAUUCUCAAAGGAACCCCCACGGGAAUUCCUGGAGAAAUCCCUGAUGCACCUGGAACAAUCUCUGGAGGAAUUCCUGAAGGAAUGACCGGAGGAAUCCCUAGUAGAAACAUAGAUAAAUUCCAGGUGAAACCCCUAUGGAAUCCCUGGAGGUAUUCCUGGAUAAAUUCGUGGAGGAAUUCCUGGAGGGUUUUCUUGGAGCAAUUUCUGGAAAAAUUUCUGAAGGAAUCCCUGGACGAUUUCCUGCUGAAACUCCUGGAGGAAUUGCUGUGGAAUUUCUCUGAAGGAGUUGUUGUACGAAUUUCUGAGCGAAUUCCCGGAGAAAAUCCUUUUACAAUUUCUUACGAACUCCUUGUGGAGUCCCUGGAAAAAAUCCAGGAUGAAAUCCUCCAGGAAUACCUGGAGAAAUGCCCAAAGGAAUUCCUGGAGAAAUCCCAGGGGGAAUUACUCGAGAAAUUCCACGAGGAAUUCCUCUAGGAAUCCUGGAGGAACUCCUGGAGAAAUGCCUUGAGGAAUUCCUGUGUGAAUCCCAGUAGGUAUUCCGGUAGGUAAAUCUGUAGAUAUUCCUGGAGGAAUUCCUAGUUAAAUUCUUGAAAGAAUUUUUAGAGGAGUCUCUUUCGGAGAUCUAGGAAGAAUUUCCUGUUCCUGGAUAAUUCCUGGAUAAAUUCCUGGAUAAAUUUCUGGAGGUGUUACUGGGGAAAUUUCUUAAGGAAUUCCUGGUGAAUUUCCUGGAAGAUUUCCUGAAGUAUUGUAGAAAUUUCUGUAGGAAUUUUUUGGAGGAAUUCUUGGAAGAAUUCUUGGAAGAAUUCCUUGAUCAAUUCCUGAAGGGAUUUCUGAAGAAAUUCCUAUUGGAAUUGGAAGAUAUGGCUGUAACAAUUCCUGGAGAAAUUCCCAGAGGGAUUCCUGGAGGUAUGUUUUGAGAAAUCCCUGGUGAAAUUCCUUGAAGAAUCACUGGAGCUAUUCCAAGAGGAAUCCCAGAAGUAAUUCCUGAGGGUAGCUCAAGAGGAGUUUUUGAUGAAACUCCAGGAGGAAGUACUGAAUAAAUCAUAAACGAAAUCGUGGAGAUUUCCUGAAGGAAUCCUUUGAAGAGUUCGUGGAAGAACUGCUGUAGGAAUCCCCGUAGCAGUUUCUGAACGAAUCCCUGGAGGAAUUUUUGAAGAAACCCCAGAAGGAAACCCGGAAGCAAUCCCAAGAGAAAUUUCUAAGGGAAACCCUGAAUAGCUCCUGAAGGAAAUUCUGGAUGAACUCGAGGAGAAUUUCCUGAAAAAAAAAUCCGGGAGAAAUGCCUGUAGGAAUCCCAAGAAGACAUCCAGGAGGAGUUUUUAAAAUAAUCCCUGAAGUAGUUCCUGAAAGAAUCGCAGAAGGAAUUCUCCAGUGAAUCCCUGGGAGAAUGCUUGGUGGAAUACCUGGGAGAAUUCCUGAUGGAACCCCAUGAGGAAUCGCCUUAGUAAUCGCCUUAUUAAUCCCAGGAGAUUUUUCUUUAAAUAAUUCAGGAAGAAUUUCUGUUGAAAUUCCUGGAAAAAAAUCUGUAGGAACCUAUGUCUGCUGUAAUUUCUGGAUGAAUUAUUGAAGAAAUCUUUGGGAAUUUUUUGUACAUUUUUUCUGAAAAAAAAAAUUCCUGCAGAAACAUUUCCAAUUGAAUUUUGCAAGGUGAUGUCACGAAUGAACGUUCGGUUCAUUCUCGUUCGUCCCUUCCUUUUCCCUCUCACGCCAAAUUUGACAUUUUCUGGUGGUUUGUUUUGAUUCCCGUUCGUUGCCGCUCUUUUCUCUCUCGGAGAGAAAAUUGAGGUUAAAUUUCGAUGCAAAAUUCUAUAAUUCCAUGUGGAAUUAUUGGAGCAGGUUCUAGUGGAACUCUUGAAUGUAUAGAGAAAUCGCUGAAGGAAUACAUAACAGGAUCUCAGGUGUUAUUUGGGAGUCCCUGGAAAUCAAACCCCUAGAAGUAUUCUUGAAGGAAUCUCUGGAGGAAUCCAUGAUGGAAUCACUAUGGGAAAGUUCGUCGAUGCAUCAUCUUUCCAGAAGCAUCUGUAAAAAAAAAUCCAAAGUAAUCGUGGAAGGAAGUUUUGAAGCUUUUCUUGGAACAAUUCCUGAAACUAUCACUAUCGAAGGUCGGCAAGACCUCCAUGAAAGAAUGGGUGGCGAUCACCACAGGCCAGAUAUUCUGCUCGGCUCUGAUGUACCUAAGGUGACUCAUUUUCUCCGCACAGUUAAAAAACGUUACUUCAUAUAAUUUGUAACAAAAGAACCCCGUCAUGUCGACCACAUUUAUCAUCAGUUUAUAAAUCUACACAAAGUUUGCUCUCAGUAUAAAGCUUGCAUUCAACAUUCCAUACAAUAAAUUCUUUAAUGUAAACAUCAGUUAAAUUGGACAGAAAUUUGUAUGCUAAAUAUGCAUACGUCAGGUGCUGUUUUCAGUCAUUUUUGCUGAAUAUUUUACCAAAAAUGCUACCUGACGUCUUCAUAAUCUUGGUUGAAUAUUCUAAUUGGUUACUUUGUAUCAAAACCAUUAUAUUGAUCGAAGAUUGAAAUAAUUUUAACAGUGUUGCCAGUUGCAUCAAUAAUUUGAAUGAGUCUUACAAAAAAUAGUGGUCAAUGUUUUCUGUAGACAGUAUGCUGAGAAUGCAAUGUGUUACACUGAAACUCACUCUAUCUAUAAUGAAAUUGUGAGCUACAACAUGGGCAAAACUCCAUUUAGUGUAUCAGUGUUGUCAGCGUUGGGGAAAAAUACAAAUUAUUCUAUUCACCAUGAAAUAGCAUUUGACGCCCUUUUAAAUUCUGGUGAAAAGUCUGAUACAGUCUAGACUCUAGACAUCCAAGUCCACAUAUUCAGCAAUAUUUGAUUCUACUUGAACGGUAUUGUCAUAAAAAUAAUAAUACAUCUGAAGCUAUCACUGGGUGAAUUUCAUGGUCUGAACUUCACCGAACAGAUUAUCACGCGAUUUUCAGAGAAGAGCAAAGGAGAGUGCGGAAUCCCGGAUCCAUAUGAGCGGAGUAAACAAAAUUGAGCAUUCAUACAACAAAAUGCGCAUUAUCAAUUAUUUCAAACCACCUUUCCUAUACAGCUGCCUCCUCAAAACUGCCUUGAGUUUAAACGACCUCAAUAUCAUUGCAUCCCACCACAAUCCUCAGCAGACCACUUCAGCGUACCGCGCGCUUGUGAGGGCACAUUCCAACUCUUGACUGCACUAAACUUCGUUCUCCGUGCAAGUACAGUAGGUAAUGUACGCGAAAGAGAACCAUACACACAUACUACUGUAGAAAACCAACCGUACACUUCAGCAUACUAAAUGUAGGCGAAAGCAAACAGAAGAAACAAAAACAAAAUAACAUAACAUAAAUGUUUUGGAUCAAAUUCAAAAUUGUCAGAGCAGCAGUAAAUUUCCAAAUAUUUCAGUUUCAUGAAAGUUUUUCAACCGUAGGAAGGAAUGAAUUUCAAUCUUUUUUUUGUUUCGUUAAUGGCCAAACCGCCACCUCGGGAAAUUCUCGUAAUAGAAUGUUAUUAUUUAUUGUGUAAUUAUAUUGUGAUCAUUACUAUCACUGUACUCGUAAUCGAAGCAAAAGUUCUUAAUUAUCACUCACACAGUCUAAUCAAAGAAGCGGCGAGAAGAAAUUCAUCAACAUUUAUCUAUUAUCACAACAGCCAAUUUUUGGUGAGGAUGAAUUUAGAAAAGCGAAAGGCAGAAGCAGAAAAAAAUAGAUCUAGUAUUAGUUGCCGUUUUAGUUUUCCCGUACAUAUUUAUAAAGAAAAGAAAAGUAAAUCUUAAACAACACUAUACGAAACACAUGUUACAAAACAGGAGAAACAUAAAAAUGACAGUUACUGACAAACACCAUCCCAGAAAUAUAAAAAAAAAAACAAACAUUUACACAGGCAGAGAUUGAAAAUCCUAGCUAAGUAGUGAGCCUGACUGGGCUGUCAGAUGCCGGACAGCAGCAGAUACAAACCUGUACAAGCACAGCUAAUGAACGAUUGGAAAACAAACAACUAUAGCGAUCAAAUCAACAAUAAUCGGAAAACUACACUCGAAAAACACUGAGAGCAAGCAACAAACAGAGCAGAAACCACUAAUAGCCUUUAACAUGAGAACAUGAAUAAAAGAAUAACACUUUGAUGAAUGUAAAGAAUAAGUAGCAACACAAUAAAAACUGAAGCAAAAGGGACAAAUUCACCCCCAGAACCCCCGUAACACAUGCAUAGCACACAAACAUUCUCACAA